AUGGCCCACAUGUCACUAUGCUACACGGUUACUACACUCGAACCAAAAGCGAGCGGUAAAUAAAUACGUAUUAAAAUUCUCCCGAGGAGAAGAGAAGACCCAGAUCGCCGGUGGCUUUGGAGCUACUUGCUUGCUUGCUGACCAAUGGCGGCCAUUCCGGCUGCCCAAGCUAGCCAGAGCUGAGCAUCCGGCCUGAAUAGGAGAGGCGAGCGAGAGAGCGGCCAGAGGUCUCAGUCAGAAGCAUGGGGCUGUCAUCAGCGUGGCGGGAGGGGCGGCGGACGCUGGUGCUGGUGAACCUGGCGUCCAUCAUGGAGCGCGCCGACGAGGCGCUGCUGCCGGCGGUGUACCGGGAGGUGGGCGCCGCGCUGCACGCCACGCCCACGGGGCUCGGCGCCCUCACGCUGUACCGAUCCAUCGUGCAGGCCGCCUGCUACCCGGUGGCGGCCUACGCCGCGUCGCGCCACAACCGCGCCCAUGUCAUCGCGCUGGGGGCCUUCCUCUGGGCCGCCGCCACCUUCCUCGUCGCCGUCUCCGACACCUUCCUCCAGGUGGCAAUUUCAAGGGGCUUGAAUGGCAUUGGUCUAGCUCUCGUUAUACCAGCAGUUCAGUCGCUGGUGGCUGACUCCACCGACGACGACAACCGUGGCACAGCUUUCGGUUGGCUGCAACUGACGAGCAGCAUAGGCUCCAUAUUUGGGGGAUUCUUUGCCUUGAUGCUGGCUCAGACUACAAUCUUGGGGAUUGAAGGAUGGCGUAUUGCCUUCCAUCUCGUCGCAGUCGUCAGUGUCAUCGUAGGCAUCCUCGUGUGGUUCUUCGCCGUGGAUCCCCAUUUCCCCACAAACAAUGCUGCCUCACAUGCUGCACCAGUGAGCAAAAAAUCUGCACUUGAUGAAGCAAGGGAGCUGAUCAUUGAGGCCAAGUCCAUAAUCCAGAUCCCAACGUUCCAAGUCUUCGUCGCGCAGGGUGUCAGCGGCUCAUUCCCAUGGUCAGCACUGUCGUUCUUGUCCAUGUGGCUUGAGCUCAUCGGGUUCAGCCACGAGGACACCGCCAUUUUCACGACGACCUUUGCUGUCGCCACCUCCAUUGGCGGCCUUCUUGGUGGCAAGAUGGGGGAUUUCUUUGCUCAGCGAUAUCCGAACGCCGGGAGGAUCAUCCUGUCGCAGAUAAGCGCUGGCUCUGCUGUUCCACUGGCUGCUGUUCUCCUGCUGGGUUUGCCUGAUAAUCCAUCCAGAUCCAGCGGUGUAGCCCAUGGACUUGUUCUGUUCAUCAUGGGACUCAUCAUCUCUUGGAAUGGAGCUGCUACAAACGGGCCGAUUUUUGCAGAGAUCGUGCCCGAGAGGCAAAGGACAAGCAUCUAUGCUUUGGACAGGACUUUCGAGUCGAUUCUAGCCUCGUUUGCGCCACCUGUCGUUGGCUUGUUAUCGCAGCACCUCUAUGGUUUCAAACUGGACGACAAAGGGAGCAGCCCUGAGCAGGAUCGGGAGAACGCUGCGUCGCUGGCCAAGGCGCUGUACACGGCCAUUUCCAUCCCCAUGGUUAUCUGCAGCUCCAUAUACACGUUCAUGUACCGCACUUACCCUCGAGACAGGGAGCGUGCGCGCAUGCAGUCUAUGAUCCAGUCAGAGCUAGAUCAGAUUGAGCUGGGCGGUUCGAGCUUUGGAUGCGGCGAUGACGACAGGUUUGAGCUCUUUGAAUCGAUGCACGAUGGUGAUAAGCCUGGUGAGGUUGAUGGCAGCUAUGGUGCUGAAGAAUCUGCUGAGGCCGAUGCCGGCACUGAAAAACUAUUAGGAAACCAUGAGUUGUGACGGACAAAAGAUGCUACAUGGUCCACUUUGUAACACGAUUUUAGGAUAUUCUGCCGAUUUUAGGAACUUGUAACACGGUGAUCAGUAUGAUUCACUAAAGUGACCAUUCUUUGUUCUUCCAUAUCUUCGUUAUGCUGGUACUGCUACUGCUAUGCUAGUAUACAACAUA